AUGUGUGAGACUGCACAUUGGACCAAGGCGAUUGAUAUAUUUGAGGUAGCUGAUAUUGGGAGAUUUGAAAACGAGAGAGUGGAGAAUGAGAGAGAUGAGACAGGUAUGGAUGAUAUUGAGAGAGAUGAGAACGAGAGACUGCAUAACCAGAGAGAUGAGACUAACCGAGUGCAGAAUGAGAGAUAUGAGACUGAGAGAGUACAGAAUGAGAGAGAUAAGACUGAGAGAGUGGAGAAUGCGAGAGUUGAGGAUCAGUUUGCAGAGGAAGCAAGAGUAGAAAGAAAUGUGGCGGAUUUUAUUGAUGAAGAGAUUGAUGAGUUUGCUACACCUGUCUGCUCAGAUGAUGAUCAAGAUCAUGGCAAGAGAAAGUAA